GGGGCAGCAAGACCAAGAUGUGUUGAUGGAAGGAGGAGAGCGUCACAGACCUCUCCAAACGCACAUCAAACUUUCACAAGCGCGCUCAAGGAUGAAGUGAAGGAGCCCGUUUCGGAGUUGAAAAUCGGAAUCUGGACCGAGGAAUAUAAUGCGGGCAACCACAGCUUCUCUUUGGCACAAACUGGCCGUUUAAACUGGCCGUUUAAACUCGCAAUUAUAUUUGUUUCCUGUCCGGCAGGCACACGGUCUGAGUAAACCGUGGGGAUGGAGCGCGUGCAAAGCGCACCAAUCUCUCCGCCCAAAGCGGUCGCGCACGAACCCAUCAGCUUUGGCAUUGACCAGAUACUCAGUAGCGGUGCUGACUCAGAGACCGGCAGGAGCAGCGGCAGAUACAGUUCGGAUACAAGCAGUGGAGACGGUUGCAACUUGGGGAGCUCGACCGGUGGGAGCGCAGCGUCCUACAACGCGGUGUCCAUCUCACUCUCCAGUAUGGAUUCUGGUUCGUACGGAAUGAAUCGCAGCUUGGGCAGCAGAGGAGUGAUCCGGGUGCCCGCUCAUAGACCGAUGACUGCCGCGGGGCUGCCGUCCGUGGCAAGCAAUGUUCCCGGUUAUGGAGGCCUGUGUUUCCCGUGGGUCGGGAAUAGAUUUGCCAAGGAAAGGUUAUCAGCUCUAGUGCCAUUUACGGUGACCCGGCGGAUAGGUCAUCCAUACCAGAACCGCACACCGCCCAAACGAAAAAAGCCACGGACAUCGUUCUCCCGCGUGCAGAUUUGUGAGUUGGAGAAGCGUUUCCACCGGCAGAAAUAUCUCGCAAGUGCAGAGCGAGCCACCCUCGCCAAGAGCUUGAAGAUGACGGAUGCGCAGGUUAAGACCUGGUUCCAGAAUCGCCGGACCAAGUGGAGGAGACAGACAGCAGAGGAGAGGGAGGCUGAGCGUCAACAAGCCAAUCGGCUGAUCUUACAGUUGCAGGCCGAUGCCCUCCACAAGUCUUUGAGCGAAUCAGCAAGCACCGACCCGCUGUGCUCACAUAACUCCUCCCUGUAUGCCCUGCAGAACUUGCAGCCAUGGGCCGAUGAGAGGGGCUGUCUCUCCUAACCACUGAUCUGGGGUCAUUGGUCACUUGUCUAUCUUUCCAAAUAGCUGAUGUAAGGAACGGGACGGCCUGACCCCAGAUCAGCUGGUAGUGUAAAUUAUGGAGGGGACGGACUGUGUGUUGCCUCUCGGAGACUGGAGACUAGGUGCCAGAUAAUUGCAAUAUCUAGGCCCACAUUAAUUACCAGAGAGAGGGGCGGAGGAGACAGAGAGGUAUAGAUAGAGAAGUAGAAAAGAAAAAUGAAUAGAUAGAGGAGUGGAGA